AUGGUAGCUGAACCUGCAGCUCCCGCUCUCACUGUUAGCGAUACGGAUCGGGCACAGGUGAAGCAAAUCUAUGUGCAGCUAAGUCGGCUUACAGGCGUUGAUCAUUUGGACCCUUUCUGCCCAACCCAUCAGCUGUACAAGUGCUUCUGCGGCGGUGACUCACCUGAGAGCCAGCCCGUUAUCAUUGAGCAGGAGCCCAUGGACAAUACUUUUUCCCAACCAGAAGUAGCCACCAGCUUUGAGCAACAAUUGGAGGCAGUAAAUACGGACAAGGAUCAGGAACUCAAGACAAAGUCUGAACUAAAGAUCAAUAUUUCUAACAAGGAUGUAUUAGACAGAAAGCUGCACCUUCAUCAAGACCUGCAACACAAACUCUUCCCGUUUCCCGUAGAGGGAGUUGUAUGCCUCAGCCAGUGGAAGUACUUUCUGGCCGCCUUCGAGUCUCAUUACUUAUCUGUUUGGGUUGUUCACACAAACAACCAUGUUUUUAUGGCGGCUACCGUCCGCAACGUGACGCCCACCGUUUCCGAAGCCAUCAGUGUGUUGGACAUCAGAUACGCCCUAGAUCACGAUGAACUGCCUCUGCUGGCAGUGCAAUUGUUGAGGAGCGAAUGGCAGAAUUAUAAUACCAACAAUCAUAUCAUGGGAUUGCAGGGUAUGCAGGGAUAUUGGCACAUCAAACGCUUGAAAAGCAAUCUUUCUCGCAAGGCAAGUUCGAAAAUAUCUCCGUUCCUUUUGAUAUCGAGACGAGGAGAAAUGUCAGGUGCAGUGCAGGAGGAACCACCACAAAUGCUGCAGCUUGAUGGAACAGGCAGUUCCUCAGGACCAGAGAUUGAGCCAAAUCCAAGAUUGGCUUUGGAUGCUUCUAUUUCAAUUUCAAAUGUCCGUGAUUGUCUUGCGGAAAAAAGGGCGAGGGAGGAAGAUCUACCUUCGACAGCUGAGAUCUUUGAACAAUCUCAGGAGAUUAAUGUGGAUACGGAUAACCUAGACCAUGCCCAACCUGCAAAGAUCCUUCGGCUAGAAGAGUCACAUCCAACCAGUAGCAACACUACAACACCUGGAGCAAAAUCAAACACAAAGUUGGAUUACACUCCAAACCAACAAGGAGUCAAUGAUGGCAACAAGAUAACCAAUUCCAGAACAAUUCCAAUCCUCAAAUACCCGGCGACACCUAAGAUCAAAUCCGUAACAAUUGAGAGGCCGAAUUCCGCGGUAAAGAUAUAUCCAAAGUCAAAUAUCCCAGCCCAGGGCAAUACGACGCCAGUAAAAGCUAGUGAAACUGUGGAAAACGAGAGAAUACUGUCCAAAAGCGGAAAACCUUUAACAGUAAACAUUAAUGGCAAGGUGAUCCGCCUUGAACAAGCUACACCAUGGUCUCCAUUCUUGCCAGCUUCUGCCAAUGUGUCACAGAACAAGGAACUCCAGAACAAUGGGCGGGUUAAUAUUGGUAGAAAGCGACCCCUUUCUGAAAUAGUUCAGCCACAAACAUCGAAUGCAUUGCCAAAUUCAACGACACCACAAAGCUUUUCAGUUUUCAAGAAAUAUGCUCCACCAAAGUCCGCUCCGGUCUGUCAGCCACAGCAACCAGCAGUAGCAGCUCCACGGGGAGUGUUUAAGAUAUAUCCCAUACCAAAUAUGCCAGUCAAUAAUCAAUCGAUGCAAAACCAAAUCAAACCUACGAUUACGCCAUCAGUGUCCACUACAAAAAUUCCGGCGGCAGUUACUGGAUUGUCGUCAUCCAUAGGAACUCGUCAGGAUCAGCCUGUAGCCUCGCCUGAAGCAUCGGUGCCCAUACACGGAUAUAUUUAUGCCAAUAAAUUACCGGCAUAUCCAGCCAAAUUGCAGGCUUCAUACUUUAUAAUCAAAUUACCGGAAGUCGAGGCGAUUGUCUUCAAGUCGCUUACCGACGUCAACCGUUUUUUCAAUAACUAUUUGACAACGAAUCCCGAGUUCAAAGAGCGACUGCCGGCCGAGUGGAAAUUUUUGAACCAGAAUUAG